CCCCCUCCCCCAGAUCUGCCGCGGCCGCCGCAGGAGCCCCGAGCUCGAGCCGCCCCGGACUCCCCCUCCCCCUCCCCAGCCCCGCCCCGCCCCGAGCCGGGGCUCGGAGCCCGAGCCGAGUCUGCGCCUGGGGGAGGACCAUGCGGCAAUAGCAGCCAUGCUGCCCUUCCUGCUGGCCACGCUGGGCACCUCGGCCCUCAACAGCAGCAGCCCCAAGGACUACUGCUACAGCGCCCGCAUCCGCAGUACCGUGCUGCAGGGCCUGCCCUUCGGGGGCGUCCCCACCGUGCUGGCCCUCGACUUCAUGUGCUUCCUGGCCCUGCUCUUCCUGUUCUCCAUCCUCCGGAAGGUAGCCUGGGACUAUGGGCGGCUGGCCUUGGUCACAGACGCCGACAGGCUUUGGCGACAAGAGAGGGACCGAGUGGAACAGGAAUAUGUGGCCUCCGCUAUGCACGGGGAUAGUCAUGACCGGUAUGAGCGUCUCACAUCUGUCUCCAGCUCUGUGGACUUUGACCAAAGAGACAACGGUUUCUGUUCCUGGCUGACAGCCAUCUUCAGGAUAAAGGACGAUGAGAUCCGGGACAAGUGCGGGGGCGACGCGGUGCACUACCUGUCCUUCCAGCGUCACAUCAUCGGGCUGCUGGUGGUCGUGGGCGUCCUCUCCGUGGGCAUCGUGCUGCCCGUCAACUUCUCAGGGGACCUGCUGGAAAACAACGCCUAUAGUUUCGGGAGAACCACCAUCGCCAACUUGAAAUCAGGGAACAACCUCCUGUGGCUGCACACGUCGUUCGCCUUCCUGUACCUGCUGCUGACGGUGUACAGCAUGCGUAGGCAUACCUCCAAGAUGCGCUACAAGGAAGACGACCUGGUGAAGCGCACCCUCUUCAUCAAUGGAAUCUCCAAGUACGCGGAAUCGGAGAAGAUCAAGAAGCAUUUCGAGGAGGCGUACCCCAACUGCACUGUUCUCGAAGCCCGCCCAUGUUACAAUGUCGCUCGCCUGAUGUUCCUGGAUGCAGAAAGGAAGAAGGCUGAGCGGGGGAAGCUCUACUUCACGAACCUGCAGAGCAAGGAAAACGUGCCCACCAUGAUCAACCCCAAGCCGUGCGGGCACCUGUGCUGCUGCGUGGUGCGGGGCUGCGAGCAGGUGGAGGCCAUAGAGUACUACACGAAGCUGGAGCAGAAGCUGAAGGAGGAUUACAAGCGCGAGAAGGAGAAGGUCAACGAGAAGCCCCUGGGCAUGGCCUUCGUCACCUUCCACAACGAGACCAUCACGGCCAUCAUCCUGAAGGACUUCAACGUGUGCAAGUGCCAGGGCUGCACGUGCCGCGGGGAGCCGCGCGCCUCGUCCUGCAGCGAGUCCCUGCAUAUCUCCAACUGGACCGUGUCCUACGCCCCUGACCCCCAGAACAUAUACUGGGAGCACCUCUCCAUCCGAGGCUUCAUCUGGUGGCUGCGCUGCCUCGUCAUCAACGUGGUCCUCUUCAUCCUCCUCUUCUUCCUCACCACCCCGGCCAUCAUCAUCACCACCAUGGACAAGUUCAACGUCACCAAGCCCGUGGAGUACCUCAACAACCCCAUCAUUACCCAGUUCUUCCCCACCCUGCUGCUCUGGUGCUUCUCGGCCCUGCUCCCCACCAUCGUCUACUACUCUGCCUUCUUCGAAGCCCACUGGACACGCUCCGGGGAGAACAGGACCACGAUGCACAAAUGCUACACCUUCCUCAUCUUCAUGGUGCUGCUCCUGCCCUCGCUGGGACUGAGCAGCCUGGACCUUUUCUUCCGCUGGCUCUUCGACAAGAAGUUCUUGGCUGAGGCUGCAAUUCGGUUUGAGUGCGUGUUCCUGCCCGACAACGGCGCCUUCUUCGUGAACUACGUCAUCGCCUCCGCCUUCAUCGGCAACGCCAUGGACCUGCUGCGCAUCCCGGGCCUGCUCAUGUACAUGAUCCGCCUCUGCCUGGCGCGCUCGGCGGCCGAGCGGCGCAACGUCAAGCGGCAUCAGGCCUACGAGUUCCAGUUCGGCGCGGCCUACGCCUGGAUGAUGUGCGUCUUCACGGUGGUCAUGACCUACAGUAUCACCUGCCCCAUCAUCGUGCCCUUCGGGCUAAUGUACAUGCUGCUGAAGCACCUGGUAGACAGGUACAACCUCUACUACGCCUACCUGCCGGCCAAGCUGGACAAGAAGAUCCACUCGGGGGCCGUGAACCAGGUGGUGGCCGCGCCCAUCCUCUGCCUCUUCUGGCUCCUCUUCUUCUCCACCAUGCGCACGAGCUUCCUCGCCCCCACGUCCAUGUUCACGUUCGUGGUCCUGGUGAUCACCAUCGUCAUCUGUCUCUGCCACGUCUGCUUCGGACACUUCAAAUACCUCAGUGCCCACAACUACAAGAUUGAGCACACGGAGACAGAUACCGUGGACCCCAGAAGCAAUGGCCGGCCCCCGACUUCUGCCACUGUCCUCAAGUCUGCGAAAUACAUCGCCCAGGUGCUGCAGGAUUCAGAGGCAGACGGGGACGCGGGUCCCGGCAGCUCAGGGGACGAGCCCCCGUCGUCCUCGUCCCAGGACGAGGAGCUGCUCAUGCCGCCCGACGGCCUCACGGACACAGACUUCCAGUCUUGUGAGGACAGCCUCAUAGAGAACGAGAUUCACCAGUGAGGGGGGCCCUGGAGGCCACCCCGACCCCCACUCCCCCGCCCCACGGACACUAAAAACAACGCUAAUAAUUUAUUAGGUCUACAGCCCCCAUCCGGCCCCCUGCCCGCUUUCAUUACGGUAUUUAAAAUCUGGGGGGGUCUCACCGCGCUCUCUCCCCCCCCCCCACGGAGGGAGGGAGGGAAGGACCAGCCCCAGCCUCAGUGAGGAGAGCCCCGAGCCGGCCCCGGGGCAAAGAGGGGUGUGGACAGGGUUCCCCCAGAUCAGUGCCCCCCAGGCUUGUCGUGAGGUCCAGAAGGGUUAAUGAGAGCCAAGAGGGUGACCCAGUGCCAUGGCUGGAGACCUGGGGGGGCAGGCAGGUCAGGGGCCACCCCCCAGUUCCUUCCUCCCCCCACCACCCCCGCCCCCGGGAUCGAGCUCUCCAAGGACGCGGAGCCCCAGCCAUGAGCGGGGAGGGGGUGCUGAGGGGGAAGAGGAGUCUGGCCCCAAGUGUGGCCGGGGGGUGGGGACCCAGGGUGGGGGGAGGGUAUGGCUGACACUGGAAAAUGGGUUUUUGCACUGUUGUUUUUGUUUUUGUUUCCUUUAAAAUAAAAAUGAACAGAAAAGCUCUGAG